UAGGAGGCACAAACAAUACUCCGCUACAGGGGUACGACCAAUGUGUUCCCCUUUCAUCCAGCUAUCUUGCCCUUUUUCAAAAGAGCACCGUUGGACCCGAUUAGGCAUUUUAACGGCAUAAAAGUCGAAUGCCAACUUAUCACCGCAUUAGCUGAGAGAUGGAAAAGGAGACCCAUUGUUUCAACUUUAGAGAAGGAGAGGCUACCAUCACGCUAAAGGAUGUCGCCAUCCUAACCCAUCUUUUCAUCGACGGCAAAUCGGUGUGCCCGAGUGAUCAUCCUCCAGAGGAUCGUGAGAGUAUGCCUGGUUGGGUUCAUUUCAUCCACAGUGUUUUGGGAGUGAAAGUACCAGUCAAGGGGAGCAUUGAUGCGACCGAUCGCUUGUCACUAAUGAAGAAACACCAAGUCUCAAUUACUUGGUUGACGAAGUAUUUUAGAAACCAUUACGAGAGUCAUCCCCUAACCGAAGAAAGUUCGGAGGAUGAGAAAGAAAGAUAUGCUCGUGUCUAUCUCAUAGGCAUGAUCGGAGUAGUGUUCUCCAAAAAAUCAAGCAAUCUUCUUAGCUGUGGAUGGCUUAGGAUCAUCCUGGGUAAUUAGGAGGAGAUAGGGGAGUAUAGCUGGGCAUCCGCUCGCCUAGCUAAUAUCUACCACAAUUUGUGCAAUGUAUCUCUAAAAGCUGUGAGAGAGGUCGGUGGCGCAAUGUUCAUCGUCCAAUUUUGGGCUUGGGAGCAUAUGCCAUUGGUUGCACCGGUCCAACGUCCCGACAGAGAUUGGACAAUCGAUCAUCCCCUAAGAAGUGAAGUUUAUGGUAUAAGGUAAACUUCUCAUAGCCCAUCAUGUUUUUCAUAACACAUUUUCCCUUGUGUUUUAGCUUAUUGUAGUUUCAUUAUUGUCUUAUUAAUAAGGUGACUCGGACACACAACAUGCGACAACCUUGCCCAACACAAAUUGGACGAGUAUCGGAGGAGGUUUGAGCGACUUUGGGAAGGAGAGGUAACUUCAAUCCAUAUAUCUUUUUCCAUGGACUACAUGUAUUUUUCCAAUUCUGAUAAAAUUAAGAUAGUAAGAAUUGGAAAAAUACAUGUCUUCCAUGGGAAAAAGGUAUAAAUGGAUCGAAGUAUAGAAGUUACCUCUCCUUCCCAAAGUCGCUCAAACCUCCUCCGAUAUUUAUCCAACUUGUGUUGGGCAAGGUUGUCACAAGUUGUGUGUCCGAGCCACCUUAUUAAUAAUAUAAAAUAAGCUAAAACACAAGGGAAAAUCAACCAAGAAAAAACAUGAUGGGUAUGAGAAGUUUACCUUGUACCAUAAGCUUCCUCUUUUAGGGGAUGAUAGAUUGGCCAAUCCCUGUCGGGACGGUGUACCGGUGCAAUCCAUGACAUAUGCUCUCAAACCCAAAAUUGAAAUAUGAACAUUGCGCCGCCGACCUCCCUCACAGCUUUUAGAGAGGCAUUGCACAAGUUGUGGUAGAUAUUAACUAGGCAAGCGGAUGCCCAACUAUACUCCCCCAUCUCCUCACAACUACCGAGGAUGAUCCUAAGCCAUCCACAACUAAGGAGAUUGCUUGCUUUUUGGGAGAAGAACACUCCUCCGAUUAUGCCAAUGAGAUAGACCCGAGCAUAUCUUUCCUUCUCAUCCUUCGGACUUUCCUCGGUUAGGGGAUGACUCUCGUAAUGGUCUCUAAAGUACUUCGUCAACCAAGUAAUUGACAGUUGGUGUUUCCUCAUUGGUGGCAUGCGAUCGGUCGCAUCAACGCACUCCUUCACUGGUACUUUUGACUCCAAAACACUAUAGAUAAAAUGAACCCAACCGGGCAUACCGUCACAAUCCUCGGGGGAUGAUCACUCACGCACACCGGUUUGUCGUCGAUGGGGAGAUGGGUUAGGAUGGCGACAUUCUUUAGCGUGAUGGUGGUCGAUCCUUCUCUAAAGUUGAAGCAAUGGGUCUCCUUUCUCCAUCUUUCAACUAGGGCGGUGAUGAGUUGGCGAUCAACUUUGAUGCCGUUAAAAUGCCUAAUCGGGUCCAACCGUGCCCUUUUGAGAAAGGGCAAGAUAGCUGGGUGGAAUGGGAGCACAUUGGUCGUACCACACGUUAAUUAUUAUAUAUUAGUAAGGGUUUAUUCCUUAUAACUAAAUUAAUUAAAUUAAAUUAUUUAACUUCAAGCAGAAUUUUAUUAUCAUAAAAAGACAUUUCAUAUAAUUAACAUAAUAGCAUUCUAAAUUAAUAAUAAUUUAAAGAGAUACAUACAUAUUAUCAUAAAAUAAACAUCCUAAAUUAAUUAACAUAAUAACAUUCU